AUGGGGACACGGGGACUGCAGGGCCAAGGUGGGAGGCCCCAGGGGAGGGGCUGCCUCUUGCUGGCUGUGGCAGGAGCUACUUCCCUGGUGACCCUGCUGUUGGCAGUGCCCAUCACUGUCCUGGCUGUGCUGGCCCUGGUGCCCCAGGAUCAGGGACGUCGGGUUGAGAAGAUCUCUGGCUCAGCAGCGCAGGCUCAAAAGAGACUGGAUGACAACAAGCCGUCUUGCCUCUUGCCCUCACCCCGCAGCCUCUCAGGGACUCCCGACCCCGGUCUGCGCCCCGAAACACCCCCUUCUUCCAAGAAUCCAGGCUCCGCAUCCCAGGGGCCGGUUGCACAGUCCUCUCAGGAGGCAUCUGCGUGGGUGGCCACCCUGCCUCCAGCCCUGGAUUCUUCACCAGAUCCAGGGGUUCAACGGCGGCCAAAGGGGGAGCUGGAAACUGAGCCCAGCCCCGAGCUUCCUGCUGCCCACCUCAUUGGCGCUUGGGUGAGCGGGCGAGGGCUCGGCUGGGAGGCGAGCCAAGAAGAAGCGUUUCUGAGGAGCGGAGCGCAGUUCUCCGGCACCGACGGGCUGGCGCUGCCGCUGGACGGCGUCUAUUACCUCUACUGCCACGUCGGGUACCGGGGCAGGGCGCCCCCUGCCGGCCGAGGCCGCGCUCGCACGCUCACUCUGCGCAGCGCGCUGUACCGCGCCGGGGGCGCCUACGGGCGGGGCUCCCCGGAGCUGCUGCUGGAGGGCGCAGAGACCGUGACCCCCGCUGUGGACCCCGUCGGGUACCGGUCUUUGUGGUAUACCAGCGUGGGUUUCGGCGGCCUGGUGCAGCUGCGGAGCGGCGAGCGGGUGUAUGUCAACAUCAGUCACCCGGACAUGGUGGACUCCAGGAGGGGGAAGACCUUCUUCGGGGCGGUGAUGGUGGGGUGA